AUGCCCGUUCCAGACGUCAACGCGAAGCGCACGGUGAACACGUACGAUCCCGACGGUAAGCGCCUGGUGUCGGUGUGGGCGGCGAAUUACACCGUGCUCAUGACGGACUUGGUCGCCACGCGCAUGGCGGACGGGACUGAGCGUUACCCUCUGGAAGCGGUGGAGGCGAUGUUCAACUCGCUCUUCCCCGACGAGUUUCGCGGCAUAAUUCCAAUCUUCGACCACAGGGAGGUGGACAGGCUGCUCGACGAGCGCGACGAGCUGCUCAACACCUACAACAAGCUCAAAGAGCGCCAGAGCAGGAGCUACCAGACGAUGUACGCGAAACGUGUCAACGACGUGAUGACGGCGGUGGACGCGGCUUGGUACGACUUGCAGCAGUGCGAGCGAGCGGUGGUGUUGGCGCGAGAGGCGGCGCUCCAGUCGGACCCGGGGCCUAGCUGUUUCGUCGUCUUCGCCACGCAAAAGGCUGCCGCGCAGGCUGCGCAGUGUCUCCUGCACAGCGGCUCGCGACGGAACUUCAGGGUGCAGCCCGCGCCCGGUCCCGAUAACGUCAACUGGCAGUCGGUGCUCUACCGUCGCAACCAGAGCAUGCGUCGGGUGUUUUUUAUCAUGCCGAUGAUCAUCCUGCUCAUCCUCUUCCCGUCCGGCAUAUUCACCGUGGGCAUUUCGAUGGCGUGCAACGUCGAGCCCCCCAGCGGGCUUCGAGGUUUCCUCACCUGGUACUGCUCCGAGGAGGCUGUGGUGUUUCAGUCCAUCGUGUCCGGUUUGCUGCCGCCGAUUCUGCUGACGCUGUGGGAAGUCUUCGUCGUCUCUUUCUUCAUGAUGUACCUGGUUCAGGCUCAGAACGUGCACGCGUCGCUGUCGAACACCGACCGACGCUUCCUCCGGUACUAUUACGUGUGGGUGUUUGUCAACGUCCUGAUGGGCGGCAUCACGGGUGGAGCGCUGACGGGCUUUGUGGAGGACCUGAUGGACUCGAGCAACACGACGUACUCGCUGCAGCAGCACCUGGGACGCGUGCUGCCAAUCUCUUCAAACUUUUUCCUCGUCUUUGUCUUCUUCCGCGCCGUGUACCUGCCGGUGCAGCGGCUGAUCGUGCCGCAUCCGGGGAUCAUAUGCUGGGCGGUUAGGAAGUACCUGUGCAUUUUCAAGUGCGCCGUGACGCCGCGCGAUCGCACCAUCAAGUACUCGCCGAGGGGCGUGCGGAUGGGCCGCGAGGUUGGCGUGUUUCUCAUGACGGUGAUGCUCGGCCUCACCUUCUGCCUCAUCGCGCCCGUCAUGGCUCCCGCGUGCGUGCUCUUCUUCGUGAUGAAUUUCGUCGUCUGGAGGUAUCACGUGCUGUACGUGUACGAGCGCGGUUACGAAUCCAACGGCUCGAUGUGGUUCACGGUGGUGGAGCUCACCGUGUGGGCCUUGCUCAUCUCGCAGGUGUUCACGUCAUUCGUGCUCUUCUCCAAGGCGGCUUGGAUCCCCGGUUUGGCGUUGUACCUCACCGUGCCCUACUAUCUGUACAGGUAUUACGUCAACCUGAGGAGCGAGUUUGGCAGCGGAAGCGCGUGGUCGGUGCCGCUGGGCGAGGCUGCAAAGGCGCCCCCAGCGGAUUUCUCGGCGGAGAUUUACACGCAUCCCAGUCUGAGGCCGGCGGCCAUGGGUUGGCACCCGGAUGUUGGUAAGGUUUGGCGGGGGUACCCCGGCGUUGCGGGCAAGACCACGUUCUGAGCGCGGUUGUUAGUCUUCUCGCCAUGAGAGUUUUUAGGGUUUAUGUAAGAUGGAACAACAUGGAACAUUACAGU